UAACCAUACCCUUUAUCAGAAAGAAAAACCGUGUUGAGCCAAAGAAAAUCAGAUCGACUCAAGACGGUAAUGGCUAGGAUUAUAUUCAUGUUUACUAGAUCUCUCUUUCGAAUUAGCUGGGAGAUACCGAGUAUUGAGUAUUGACUCGAGAAGUGCAGGUCGUUUCCAAGCCUAAACAAGCCAAAGAAAAUCAGAUCGAGAUGCUACUACUCCAGCUCAGCGUAGCUUGCAUUGGUGUGGCAGCAUAGCUGCAUAAAGCCGUGGUAGCUCAAGCUCGCUGCCGGCAUGGAGGUGGAUGGCAAGAAGCCGUACGUCAUCGCCGUGAUCAUACAGGUCAUCGCCACCGGCAUGCUCGUCACCUCCAAGGCGGCGUACAACCAGGGGUUCAACACCUACGUCUUCGUCUUCUACCGCCAGGCCGCCGCGUCUCUUCUCUUGCUGCCUCUCGCCAUUGUCCUCGAAAGGAAAAACAUGCGGUUAAUGUCGUUCCGGUUGCUCAUGAAGCUGUUCCUCUAUGCCUUAUUCGGGACUACAUUUAGCUUGAACCUGUACAACGUGAGCCUCAAGUUAACAUCUGCUACCGUGGGGUCUGCGACCAGCAACUCCAUGCCCGUGGUCACCUUCAUCAUAGCGCUACUGCUGAGGAUGGAAGUGGUGAAGCUGAGGAGCCCCUCGGGCAUGGCGAAGGUGGCCGGAGUCGUGCUCUGCCUCGCCGGGGUGCUCGCCAUCGCCUUGUACGUGGGUCCGUCCCUGGACCCGGUGAACCACCACCGCGCCUUUGCUGCCGCAAACGGGGAGGCUGAUGCGAAGAGGGGGACGUGGAUCAUGGGCACGUUGCUCAUGGUGCUCGUCAACGUGACGUGGUCCCUGUGGAUCGUCCUGCAGGCCGCGCUGCUCAAGGAGUUCCCCCACAAGCUGCUCGUCACGGCCACGCAGUGCGCCUUCAGCGCGGGCCAGUGCUUCGUCGUCGCGGCGGUCGCCGAGAGGGACUUCUCCCGGUGGCAGCUAGGGUUCGACGUCACACUGGUCGCCGUCCUCUACACCGGGUUUGUGGUGACGGGAGUGUCGUACUACCUGCAAGCAUGGUGCGCGGACAUGAGAGGGCCGGUCUUCCUCGCCGUGUGGAACCCGCUCUGCUUCGUCUUCACCAUUUUCUGCUCCUCCUUCUUCCUCGGAGAGAUUGUUCACCUCGGCAGUAUCUUGGGUGGAAUUCUUCUCGUUGGAGGUCUGUACAGCGUGCUGUGGGGUAAAAGCAAAGAGAUUCGGACUGCGCCAUGUGAUGAGCCGAUUAUGAUCCAUGGCGUGGGGGACGAUAAAUCUGCGGAUGAGGAGGAGAAGAAUGUUAUUAGGAGCAGAGAAGUUAAUGGGGAGAUGGAGCACGAUAAAGAAGCAACCAUAUCGCCUGCUGAACAAGUCUAAAUUCAUCGAUUGAAGGAGGCUCCAUCUUCUCAUGGGAUGCAUCCAUUAUUCGAGUAACCGUGGACUCUGUCCAAUUUAAACCACGGAGCAGGGUAACAGAAAAAUAGGCUGUAUUAAAGUUGAGGCAUUUAUUUUAAGGUGAAGGGAGUAGUUGCUUAACCUUUUACAAGUCCCCGUCACCUAAAUUAACUUGCAUACUACUAAGCCUUACACGGUUACACUGCAAAUUUGAAGGUGUGCUACUUUUGGUCCAUAUGUUGUAUAUGUGCAGUAAGCCAGUAACACAGAUGUGGAUGGUUGGAUGUUUGCCCCAAAAGUCUUUAUAAAUAUAAGUUUGCAUGUUCUA